UCCGAACACAUGCGCUUUCUCUUGGUUCUGAACGUAUAACCCGACUCCAUUUUGCCCCUCGUCUCCUAGGGUUUCGUUGCAGUCCUCCGCCGCCUUGUGCGUUUGAGAACGAUGGCAGCCAUUGUAGAAACCUCGGAGGAGGAUCUCGCCCUCGCAGUCGUUAGAUUCACGUCUGAACUCGCUUGGGCAGACGCCGGGCCUGAGAUUGCAGAGAAUCAGGUGGCUAGACUAUGUCAGGAGGCUCAGGAGUUUGUGGUGAUGGGGAGAUGGGUAGAUUUGGCUUCUCUUAUGCUUACUUCUGCUGAUCUUGUAUUCUCAAGGGUUUCAGACAAAGACUUAGAUUGCAUAUACACUGUUAUUUGCAACCUUGUUACAAAGGCUGGUAGUCCAGAUGAAGCAAUGGAAAUUGCAGACCGUAUUUGUAUUAAGAUAACCCAACAGCCAAAUAAGAAGCCUGAAACUGAGCAACCAAAUGAAGAGGAUGAAAUAGUGCAGCCAAUUGAGAAGCCUGCAUUGCGCUUGAAAAUCUUGUUCAACCUUUACAACCUGCUUGAGCAUCCUUACAGCAGGUUUUUUGUGUAUGAGAAAGCUCUUGAGUUGGCUAUUAGGGGGAAGGUUACAGAAAGCAUCCUCCCAUCUUUUAAGAAGAUAGACAAUUUCUUAAAAGAAUGGGAAAUUGGGCCCUUGGAACAAAGAAGGUUGUUUCUGAAAAUUUCCAAUGUACUAGGAGAAAUUAAGAGUUCAUCGAAGGAAUAUUUCUCCUUUUUAACUAAGUACUUGGCGACCUUUUCUAAUGAGGAUGCACAUACUAUGAGUAAAGCUAAACCUGCAGCUGAGAGAGCUAUCUUUGAAUUUGUCAAAGCGCCUGAUAUGUUCCAGUGUGAUUUGCUAGACAUGCCAGCUGUUCGGCAGUUGGAAAAGGAUGGCAAAUAUGCAUUGGCCUUUCAGCUGCUGAAGAUUUUUCUCACACAGAGACUAGAUGCAUAUCUUGACUUCCAGGCUGCUAAUUCUACACUCUUGAAAAGCCAUGGUCUUGUUCAUGAAGAAUGCAUAACAAAGAUGCGGUUGAUGUCGUUAGUUGAUCUGAGUUCUAAUGGCUCUUCAGAGAUACCUUACGCCAUGAUCAGGGAUACACUCCGGAUCAAAGAUGAUGAGGUAGAAUAUUGGGUUGUUCGAGCUAUAAGUGCAAAAUUGUUGGACUGCAAGAUGGAUCAAAUGAAUGAAACUGUUAUAGUAAGCCGUCACACUGAACGCAUGUUCGGACCAUCCCAGUGGGAAGUUCUUCGUUUAAGGUUGGAAGAAUGGAGGGCUAAUGUAACAAAUGCUCUAAGAACGAUCCAGUACAACAAGGCAUCCGAGGAAGCCCCCCAGUCUCUGCAAGGUGGAAUGAUUCGUUAGAAGGAUGUUCUGUUCUAUUAGCAAUUGACAUCAAAUCUUGGUGCUGCAAGAGACGAGGAUAGUCCCCAUGUUUUCCAUCUUACGAGAGAGAAAUUUUGUAGAAUACCAUUUGUAGCAGCAUAUUUCUACUUUCCCAAUUGGAAGAUAGAGAGCAACAGUUUGAGAUUGAUGUAGAUGGGGUUUUAAUUCUUGUGGCGAGGCGAUGAUCCUAUUUAAGGCUUUGGCUCUGUUUACUCUUAUGGCUUGUAUGUUCUAGCUUUGCUCUCCAUUGGUUUCUAGUUUUAAUUUUGACAAAUUGGUAGUACAUUUAAUCCUUGUAAGUACUAUUUGCCUUCCUAUUGAAUUAAGUAUGAUACGUGUAAUUUUCUAA